AUGAAUGGCGUUCGGACGAGUUACCUCGUCCGCUGGCGUGGCUAUCCACCGGCGUGGGACAGCUGGGAGCCUCGUGUCCAGCUGAUUGUUGAUGUCCUUGGUCUCUUCGAGCACUUCGACGAGACCCACCCGCUUCGCUCGAAGAAGGACGUCGGAAAACGACCUCCCCGAACGCGAGUACAGUCGAUCCCUUCGCCCAUCUCGGAAGAGAUGCGCGCCCUCCAGUAG